AUGGGCCCACGUCUGCAUUGUGGACACACGGGUGAUCGGAAGGAUGACACCCCUGAGCCUGCAAAGAAGGAUGUCUCCGCGCAUUCACUGGCCCCCAGCCCCUCCGCCCGGGAAGCAGCGCCGAGUCCACGGAGACGCGCUCUCGUCCGAGUGGUCACCAUCGCGUGUACGGCCUUGAGCGUGGCCUUGGUCUGUGGGGUCGCUGCGUCCUACGUGAUAUAUCGCCUGGGGCAGGACGAGGAGCGGGAGCAGCUGGCUGCGCUCUAUGAAAACAUCCAGAUGCCGCUGUCCGGAGACGAGGAGGAGGCCUUGCAGGCCGGGCGCCCGGGCGGGUCUGGUUUCCUGCUUUCGGGGAGCGAGAAGGAGCUGGCCGCGUUCAUCAACUCAGAACACGAGGUCUGUAUUUUAGCCAUCCGAUCAAACAGAAGACAGCGUCUCGAAGGAGCAGGAUUGGAGAGCGCGCCAAAGGGGUAAAGGAAGCACCGCACGGAACGCUGGGCCCCUGGCAAACGCGGGAAACCCGUGGACGCCAGCGAGAGAGCUGCAGGCCGUGCGUGCUAACCCGUGCCGGGGACACACGGAGGUGGGACGUCAGCCCGAGGACGUGCGAACCCUCAGGGGAGAACACCAGAAGUCUGUAGCACGCAGUAAAUCCGUAACAGCCAGCCUGGCCUCUUAGCCCUCGUGGUGCACGAGUAAUUAUCAUGUCGUCGGAAAGAGGAAA